GAGAUCUUCUCCGUGGCGUUAUCCUAAGUUAUCAUCUUAUAAUUUAUUUUCAUUUGUAUAUUUUAAAAUUUUCUUUUCAGUAUUUGAAACUUAAUGGCUUACUAAAUGGUUUGUCUGAAUUCACUUUUUCUACACUUUAAAUUAGUAAUGAAGGAAAAAGAUAAUUUCUGACAAAAAUUUUCUAUGGUUGUAUGGUGUCCUCUUAAGAUUAAACAUCCAUUAAAAGGCACUAAAAGUGAUUUAAUUAUUUCAGCGGAUGAUUCGAAACCAUUGUAUUUAAAAGUCCAUACUCUACUCUAAAGUACGAUUAAAUUAAGAAACACUUUUAAGUACAUCAUGCUCAAACUUGUUGUUUAUUUAAAAUCAACUAGUGUUUGGCAGUAGUGUAGUGACAAAUUUAAUGCCUACUUAAGAGUAAACAUCCAUUAAAAAGCACUAAAAGUGAUUUAAUUAUUUCAUCGGAUGAAGUAUUCGAAACCAUCGCAUUUUAGAGAGCAAUAAUUUAGUUUCAGAUAGCGACGAUGUGUGGCGCUCCUUCCCAGUAAACAUACAUCAUUGUUAAAAUCAAACGCCAUAUUUCGUACACAUAUCCUGCUUUUCUUUUUUAACAUCGUUUGUGGUAACAAAUCUACAGAUGCGUGUUUAAUGCGUUAAAGCAUUCCUAAAAUGUAUGAGAGUGCAAAACACUGGGUUUUUAUGUGUUUCAGAAUUCCAUGUUUGAUCAUAGCCAUGUUUGCAUCUUUUCCUAAUGGAUAUCAUUUCAAAGAUAUACCCGAGAUACAGAAGUUUUCUUUCCAAGAAAAUAUACUCGAAGGUAAAAUAGUUUCUGUUACAUGUUUGGCUAUUACGAGAUCAAAAUCCGUCGACUUCAAAUGGUUCAAAAACGGCAAAGAAUUGUUGAAUGCCGUUCGCAAUGUGAAAAUCAGAGAAGACAGUGAAUAUUCCAUUCUUAUUCUUGACCCCGUCUCUGCAGACGACAGUGGAAAUUACACCUGCAAAGCUUCCAAUGCUCACGGCUCAUCACAACACACGGCAUACUUGAGUGUGAAGGCGCCUCCGAAGUGGGUGGAGACCCCCAAUGACAUUUUUGCAACUGUCAGAGACUCCCUAAUAGUCACGUGUUCAGCACAAGGCUCUCCGUUGCCCAGGAUAAGUUGGAAAAAAUAUUCAAAUAACAGGAAUGAAAACUUGACAAGCCAUGAGCAGUUACGAGUAGAAGAUAGAAUAGUUCAUCUUUUAAAGUUCUCAUCUCUCUCUUAUGAUGAUGACGGAUCGUAUCAAUGCAUCGCUGACAAUGGAAUUCAACCUUCCCUCGUCUCUAACUUUACUCUUUCUGUACGCGGUAUGAGAUUUCUACUUAUGUCCCUGCCCACAUUAUUAAACUCACUCUAAGAUUCUACGCGAUAUCUUAAUUAUCAGGUGAUAGUAUAAUACAGCUUUAUUGUUUUUACGAGACAGUUUGCACUUGAUUACCUUCGCGUAUCAACUUGUUAAAUUAGACGAUACAUAAUAUAAAUUCGAUGAUUGGAUAAAUUGGACGAUACAUUAUGUAAAUAUAGAACGUUUAUUAUAUCAGUAUAUCAUAAUAAUUAGUCCAAAUUAUGAGACGCUCUGUAGUGCUCCAAUAAUGACUUGUUUUGCACGAGUUAAUAGGCAAUACCAUUUUAUUUAAGCAUACAUGUAAUGGGUGUUAAUUC